UACUUUCAUUUUAGAAGCAUGGCGGGUUUAGAGAAAACACCGGUAUCUCAGGAGUUUAUGAAAUACCGUUCUCCUCUGGUGUCACGAUAUGCUAGCCCUGAAAUGUCAUUCAACUUUAGUGACAUGAAUAAAUUUACAAAGUGGCGGCAGCUGUGGACGUUCCUCGCUAAAUCAGAGAAGAAUUUAGGACUAGAUAUCACAGAUGAACAAAUCGCGGAGAUGGAGAACAACCAGUCCAAUAUCGAUUUCGAAUUAGCGGCCGCUGAAGAGAAGAAAGUUAGGCAUGAUGUCAUGGCACAUGUACAUACCUUUGGACAGUGCUGUCCUAAAUCGGCACCCAUCAUACACCUGGGGGCGACAUCGGCGUAUGUCGGGGAUAACACCGAUUUGAUUGUUAUGAGAGAUGGAUUUAAUAUUCUGCUUCCAAAGCUUGCCUGUGUCAUUAAGUGUCUAGCAGACUUUGCACAGAAGCAGAAGGAUCUCCCAUGUUUAUCAUAUACACACCUACAACCGGCACAGCUUUCAACAGUGGGUAAAAGAGCAUGCCUUUGGAUGCAGGAUUUGUUGAUGGACCUGCGGAAUCUGGAGCAGGCCCGUGACAACAUCAGGUUCCGCGGCGUCAAAGGAACAACGGGGACACAGGCCAGCUUCUUGGCACUGUUUGAAGGAGAUGAAGAAAAGGUUGAGAAACUAGACAAGAUGGUGACAGAAAUGGCGGGGUUUAAACAGACAUACAUGGUAUGUGGACAGACUUACUCUCGUAAAGUGGACAUCGACAGUCUCAAUGUGUUGGCCAGUUUAGGGGCCUCUGUACACAAGAUUUGUACAGACAUCAGGUUACUGGCCAGCUUUAAGGAGCUAGAAGAACCAUUUGAAAAAGAUCAGAUAGGUUCCAGUGCCAUGCCUUACAAGCGUAACCCAAUGAGAAGUGAGCGUUGCUGUGCAUUAGCACGUCACCUUAUUUGUCUGGUUCAGGAUCCCCUAAUGACCGCGUCCGUGCAGUGGAUGGAACGGACGCUUGAUGACAGUGCUAACAGGCGGAUCAGUUUGCCCGAAGCCUUUCUGACCGCGGACAUUAUUCUCAGCACUUUACAGAACAUUACUGAGGGAUUAGUGGUUUAUCCAAAGGUGAUUGAAAGAAGGAUCAAUCAAGAGUUACCUUUCAUGGCCACGGAGAAUGUAAUCAUGGCAAUGGUGAAAGCUGGAGGUAACCGACAGGAUUGUCACGAACAGAUCCGUGUUUUGUCUCAGGAGGCGGGACGUGUCGUUAAACAGGAGGGGGGCGAUAAUGACCUGGUCGAUCGGAUCAAGAAAUCGGAUUACUUUAAACCAAUCCAUGAUGAGCUGAGCUCACUUCUGGAUCCCAAAACGUUUAUAGGGCGAGCUCCAAGCCAGGUGAAAAAGUUUAUAGAAAUAGAGGUGGACCCAAUCUUACAGAAGUAUGCCGACAAAUUGAUGAGAGUGGGGAAAGUAUACCUCAAAGUCUGACGUCAUAGUUAUCAAAGCGUGACACUCCAGAGUUCUGCUACAGUACGGCCAACGCGGAUCCCGUAUUUUCCGCGCUCCCCUCGCGGGAUAGAGCUACCGCGGUAUAUCUCAGGUAACCCUGUAUAUCCCGCGCUCCCCCCGCGGUCCCGCUGUCCUCGCCGAGGUCUUACCUGUAGAUGAUUAAUGCCAUCAACAAACGCGAGUUAUCUCCCGUUAACGUAAAAAUAAAUACUUAUCAUCAACUGAAAACAGAUCGUUUGUUCAGCAAUACUAUAAAUAAAUCAAUUGCCAUAUACAUGUGCAUGCACCGCUUGUAAAAACACAUUUUACAAAAAAUUCUCAUGUUACCUUUAUUGAACCAUACAUUCAAUAUAAGGGUAGAUUACCAUAUACCAAUGUCGGAAGAUGACCAUAUACAAGUGCAUAUAUAUACGCUUUAUCCGUAAACCGGCAAAGGUAACUUCACGAAAACUGAUUAUCCCUGUCAGUAUCAAUCACAUAUUUGUGGUUUCAUAAAUUGUUUUUCAGGAAUUUAAUUCUAUACAAUGAAUUUGUACAAAUAUUUAAAAACAAAACAAAACAUGGAUAACAUAAAUUUAUAUCAAAGUAGGGGAAAGAAAACCUUGCAUCAGCAAAUUCUAAUCUUUAUAAAAUGAGAGAGAGAGAGAGAGAGAGAGAGAGAGAGAGAGAGAGAGAGUACUAUUUAACAUACUGACUGGACUGUGAAGAAACGGUCAUGGGUAUGUGUAUAUCUGUUACAUAACACGCCCUGUCUGCUUCAACGCCUCAGACAUCGAUCGGCGCAUGCUUUACCCGUGAAACAGCAAAAGUAACUUCACGAAAACUGAUUAUCCCUGUUAGUAUCAAUUACAGAGUGGUGGUUUCAUAAAUUAUUUUUCAGGAAUAUAAGUCUAUACAUGUAUUUGUACAAAUAUAAAAAACAUGUAUCACGCAAAUAUUAAAGUAGGAAAAGGAAAGCCUAGCAUCAUUAAACUCGAUAUAAAAUUUGAGAGGGGGGAGAUAAAACGUGUAAAGUGAGGACAAUUUUUAACGAUUUGACAAAAAUCUGCCCAAAUUACGUCUCCAUAAACGUGACCCGCAGCAUAAGAAAGAUGUAGAUACAAAAUGUUAGAUUAGAGGGGACAAGUGGUGUGAGGAUAUGUUCUAAUUAAUAUUCUCUCAAAACCAUUUUUUUCCCAAUUCGAAAGAGAGUAUUAGAUAGGUGUCCCUAUAGCUAUAUAAACACAGUACAUAUUUGCCUUUACAUCAACAUGCGUGUAUUCUCUUCUAGACAUUGUGAAGACGUCCUAACUUAAUAGGUUUCAUUGUGUAGAGAACGUCUCGGGUAUGUGUAUAUCUGUUAUAAUAACACUUCCUGUCUGCUUCAACGCCCCAGACCUCGAUCAGCGCACGCUCUACCCAUGAAUCUGCUAAGACAACAUUAGACUAGCCACACAAACACCGCUUGGUAAUCAAUACAAAUAAAGCAUCAAUCUAAUUAAGUUGGAUCCAAAUUCUCAAAUUUUAAUUAAAUUUUUGGGGCUUUGAAUAUAAGAAAGAGAGGAAAAAAACCGCAAUGCAUAUUUUAAGGGAUAUAAUAUAAUACCAAAAAGUAGAUAACAAGUAAAACGCAGUUUUGGGGUAUACACCACCCCUGUCGUAUAUGUGUGGCCUUACUCUACAGCGUAUAUUAAAUUUUGAUUUAACAUGCAAUUAGAGAGUAAUUUUGAUGAUACUGACAUUCAUAUGUACCGUAAUAAAAAGGAAUUAGUAAGUUGUAAGCGAGGAAACCAGCACAUGACGAAGGAAUUAAAAACAAACACCCUAGUUUAAUUACUGGUAAAAUUUGUUGCGUAUAGGUAAUUGUAAGCCGAUAAGUAGAUUCCAUGCCCUGGAGUAGAGACAUUACAAUUUUGACAUCCUGUAUUCGACGCGUUGAACAUAUACACACAGGGUCUUCUCCCCCGUGUGUUGUUUUAAGAACACGUGCAGCAGGGACCCAACAGGUGUACAUAUAAACGAUGUUCGAUUGAAAUGAGAAAACAAAAAUCUUUCUUUUAGCAUAUAAAAUUUACAUUUUUUUAAUUCAUAAAACAUACAAAAUAAUAUUUUGUUAUUAAUAAAUUUUUGAACCAAUUCUCGAAGUCUACACAAACGCCAUUAAAACAGGCAGAACAUAUUAAUCUUGCACUCGUAUACGGUAUAGAUCUAUUUGUAUUAUUUUUUCACUGUAAAAAAUAUUAUGACACAGCUCCUAAUCCUUAUCAUUAAAUGUAGCAUAAAUAAAAUGUUUUGUUUUGGGUUUUUUUAGAAUAAAAAAAUCGGAGCUGUAUUAAAUAUGCUAAAUCCUAAGUAUAUCUGGUUUUAGUAGGUCCCUGAUUUUCUUUUUCUUUUUUUCUAAAAUGAUUUAUUUAAUAUACCGGUAUGUAAUGCGAAAUAGCUGGCCAUAAGCAAGCCGUACUCAUUUUCUGCUGACGAAUAAAACAGCUAUCGUACAGUUAGUUUGUCCUAACAGGUAAUUAAUGGUACUUCACACCGCGGCGGUGUAAAUCUGCCCCGCGAUGAAAUCCCGCGGAGGGUUAGCGCGGGAAGGAUUAACAUACCGCGGGGGGAGCGCGGUCUAAUACGGGAUCCGCGAUGGCCGUACUGUACCAGGGGAAACCACUCCUGCUGGCUAACAAUUUGUCCUGUGUUUCAGAAAUGUACUGAAUAAUGUUCUGUUCAUAACCAUUGAACAUUGAGAAUCAUGGAUGAAAUUUUUUUGCAAUUCAAUGUUUCUCAAAAUUGUUUGAAUGUAGAGCAGGAAUUGCCAAGAUUGUGAGGUUAUGUUAUUUAGAAAUAAAUAAAUUAAAAAACAAACAAA